GUUUAAGUAUACGAACAGCUAAUUGCGGGAUUACAGUUGUUAACGCUGCACAUCUAUGUCUCGCUCAUCAAAAGAAGAUUGGGUUUGUAGUAAUCCGAAAUGUAAAAAUGUGAAUUUUGCUAAAAGGGACAAGUGCAACCGCUGUGACAAGCCUAGGAAAUUUGUGGCCCCAGGUAAUGCUGGUUUAGAGGUCGGGAAACAACUAGCCGAAAAAAGCAAAGGUCUUUUCAGUCCAGAUGAUUGGAUUUGUAAGACAUGUGGAAAUAUCAACUGGGCACGUCGAAGUACUUGCAACGUGUGCAACGGAUCGAAGAUCGACGUACAAGGAGAAAGAACAGGUUAUGGUGGAGGGUUUAUGGAGCGCGAUGAGGUAGUUGAAUACAGAGAACGCAGAGACUCAGAUGAUGAGUUUGAUGAAUUCGGUCGUAAAAAGAAAAGUUUCCGGAAAAAUCAAAAUGAACAACCCAGUAACCAUGACCCGUCUAAUUUUGGUAACAAUUCUGUUACACGAGUUCGUGAUAAAGAUGAUGAGGACGAAAAUGGCAAUAAUAAAGGUGAUGAUAGUGAGGAUGAAGAUUCUGGCGAUGAUGCUGAUCUCUCAAAGUAUGAUAUUUGGGGAGCAGAAAACAACGACUCGGGUGAUGAGUUAUCAAAUCAAUUAGAACCUGCAUCUCCACAAAAAGCUGCAAAAAACAAAUCACGAAGUCAUAGUCACUCAUCUUCCUCGGAUUCAGACUCUGAUUCUUCUUCAUCUUCUAGCCAGACCUCACACUCUGACUCAUCAUCAAGUUCCCACAGUGAAGCAUCUUCCAAACCCGAAAGUCAAUCGAAUAGCAAAAGAUCUCAUCCUAACAACGGAAAUGCAGACAAUGAUAGUGACAGCUCAACUCAUGUAAACCACAAACGAAAAAAACAAUAAUGGACAACAGCAAUACGAUCGGUUGGUGUUCGGUACAGAGAGCAGUGCCAAUCUCUAAUAUAAUCUCGACGCUCCGUGUCGCUUAAUAUGAUAGCUACUCCUGUAAAACAACACUUAUUCAGGACAGUACUUUUUUCUAUCUCCUUUUCCUACGAAAUAAUGAAAUUGCAAUAUAAAGAUGUCAUUGUACAUUGUUCAUUCUUUUAUAUGUAAUCUUCAAUGUCAUCUUCACCUUUUUGCAAUUCUAUCCCCGUUUUUGUAUAUGUGUAUGCAGUUAUGUCAUUAGGAUUUAUUUCCUGUCUUUCUCUUAAAAUAAUGAUUAUUUUUAAAGGAUCUUAAUAUAAUUCUCCUGUUGUCUUGUUAUCAUAACUAUUCGUAACAUUAGUUAAUUUGCAUCCAUUCUACUUACGUGUAUAUGUACAGUGUUCAUAUUGUGCUUACUAAAUAUAUAACAUCUUUUAUUG